CCAGAACACACUGCAACCUACAAACAUGGCUGCCAUGGACUACACUUCCCAACUCACAAAAUCAUUGUAAUGUUCACAGUCAAUAGACUACUGAAUAUGCACACCUGUAACUAAUCACAACCGCCACUAUAUAACAGACUCUCAAAUACUCACUCACUGCAAGUAAUGCUCAGUGUAGCUUUCAUCAUUAAUUUUGCACAUAAUUCACAUACAGAUUUAACCUGUGUGUAAUUUUGAAAUGAUUGAUGUAACAGAAGGUUAGGGCACAGAAUAAGCAUACUGAAUAAAGGGAAUAAAGGGCUAGGCAAAAAACACAAAGAGGCAAAAUGGAACACAAACAAAAGACUAUCCUAGAAAACACAGACCUCAGAAGAAUGUGGGAAAGUGUAAGACUUCAUUCCUACCAAAAGUCCAUGUGCUGUAUAGCAGUUAUACAGGAAAAGAGAGUCACAACCAAAGAGGAGUUUAAAAACUUGGAUGAAGAUACCCUCUGGUGGUCUCGAGGGGUAAUGUCUGGGCUGGAUAUUAUAAUUAUGUUGAACUAUGUUGAAAUGACUUGCUAUACCAAAAUGAUGACUUUUAGAUGCAGAUUAACAGUUAAAAUGUCGACUGUGUGGAGAUUAGACAGCUGAUCGGUAAAAUUAUUAUAGAGAAAAUGUACUGUUAUGUUUUAAGUGUUUGCAUUUUUGUCUACACUUAUGUGCACACACACUCACACACACACACACACACACACACACACACACACACAGUGGAUUCUGUAUAGAACACUGGAUAUAACAAUGGAUUGGUGUGUGAGUGUGGAUUUAUGUUUUUAUGCUCUGCAAUCAACCUUUGCUCUUCGCCCUCUGCAGAAUAACAAUAUGAAUGAAAGAGAAUCUCAGCAGCGCCAUUUUGUGAUGAAGGGGAAAUAACAUUUUUCAGGAGUAAAUACAUUUUUACUAUCUAAAUCUAAAGCUGUAAAAUUACACUUGUGGAAUUUGAACUAGAUGUGGAACAGUUUCAGGAAUUUUACUGUAGCUUUAACAUACACACUUUGUGUUAUGACUUGAUACCGUGUUGGAGUGAAGUAAACGUGUGUCCUGCUGUAAUCUGGAGAAGGAGACAUGACCUCCAACAUGAGUGUGUUUGGAAAACAGGACUUAAAGAAAGAUGAGAGAAUGAUGGAGGGAAAGAGAUCAGACUUACCAGAACCCAGCUGUGUGUCCAUGAAGAGUGAUAAAUCACUGGAAGAGCCAAUUGAGUUCAGAGACAGUUCUACUGAUCUGAGAAUGGAGGGAAAGAGAUCAGACUUACCAGAACCCAGCUGUGUGUCCAUGAAGAGUGAUAAAUCACUGGAAGAGCCAAUUGAGUUCAGAGACAGUUCUACUGAUCUGAGACCAAAAAAGAAGAAUGUAAACAUCACCAGCCAAAAUCAGUUGGCGGCCAUAUUCAAGGAGCUGGAACACAAAGUCAUCAUAAAGAAUGAAAUGAAGAGGUUUAGAAAACUCCUGAGUCCAGAUUACCCAGCAUGCACUGAGAGGAAGGUGCAGGAUGAGGAGGAUCUGCACAGUGUCAGAGAGGGAGCGCUGAAGAUAACUGUGCAUGUCCCGAAGAACAUGAACCACACAGAUCUUGCUGACACACUGCACAACAAGCUGUACCGGAUGUCUGAAUAUCACGAAAAACUCAAAUCCAACCUGAGAGAGAAGUUUAAAAGAGUUAAUGAAGGAAUCUCACAGCCAGGAAGCUCAGCACUUCUGAAUGAGAUCUACACAGAGCUCUACAUCACAGAGGGUUGGAGUGGAGACGUCAAUAAUGAACAUGAGGUGAGACAGAUUGAGACAGCGUCCAGGAGACCAGCAAUACAGGAGACACCCAUCAAAUGUAAUGAUCUCUUUAAGGACAAGUCCAUCAGAAGAGUACUGACUAAAGGAGUUGCUGGAAUUGGAAAAACAGUCUCUGUGCAGAAGUUCAUUCUGGACUGGGCUGAAGGAAAAGCAAAUCAGGACAUCAUCUUCAUGUUUCCACUUCCCUUUAGAGAGCUGAAUCUGAUGAAGCAGAGAAAUCUCAGUCUGAUGGAUCUUCUUCAUCACUUUUUCCCUGAAAUGAGAAAACUAGAAUUAAUAAUCUGUGACUCCUACAAACUGCUGUUCAUCUUUGAUGGUCUGGAUGAGUGUCGACUUCCUCUAAAUUUCCAGAAGAAUGAGAGAUUUUGUGAUGUGACAGAGUCAGCCUCAGUGGAUGUGCUGCUGACAAACCUCAUCAAGGGGAAUCUGCUUUCCUCUGCUCUCCUCUGGAUCACCUCUCGACCAGGAGCAGUCAAUCAGAUCCCUCCUGAGUGUGUAGACCAGGUAACAGAGAUACGAGGGUUCAAUGAUCCUCAGAAAGAGGAGUACUUCAGGAAGAGGAUCAGUGAUCAGAGCCUCGCCAAUAAAAUCAUCUCACACAUGAAGUCUUCAAGAAGCCUCUACAUCAUGUGCCACAUCCCAGUCUUCUGCUGGAUCUCAGCCACUGUUCUAGAGAGGAUGUUGGGUGAAGCAGAGAGAGAAGCGAUCCCCAAGACUCUGACUCAAAUGUUCACACACUUCCUGAUCUUUCAGAUUAAACACAAGGACCAAAAGUACCAUCAGAAAUGUGACCCUGAUCCUCAGCAGACCAGAGAGAGUAUCCUGGCACUGGGAAAACUGGCUUUCCAACAGCUGGAGAAAGGAAACCUGAUCUUCUAUGAGGAAGACCUGAGAGAGUGUGGCAUUGAUGUUAGAGAAGCUUCAGUGUACUCAGGAGUGUGUACCCAAAUCUUCAGAGAGGAGUUUGGGCUUCACCUGGGGAAGGUUUACAGCUUUAUACAUCUGAGUGUUCAGGAGUUUCUGGCUGCUUUAUAUGCAUUUCUCUCCUUCAUCAGCAGAAAUCUAACAGAACAACAAACUACUGAUCCAUUUGAUCUUUUUAACAAGACAACCAUGUCAGAAUUUCUCACGUCUGUAGGGGACAAGGCCUUACAGAGUGAGAAUGGACACUUGGACCUGUUCCUCCGCUUCCUUCUGGGUCUCUCACUGGAGUCCAAUCAAACUCUCUUACAAGGCUUGUGGCUAACGCCACAGGCAGGAAGCAGCUCUCACGACAAACAGGAAACAGUUGAGUACAUCAAGGAGAAGAUCCGGGAGAAUCCAUCUCCAGAAAAAUCUAUAAAUCUGUUCCACUGUCUGAAUGAACUGAAUGAUCAUUCUCUAGUGCAGGAAGUACAAACUUACUUGAACAGAGGAGGUUACCGUCGUCUCAGUGGAACCAGUCUCUCUCCUGCUCAGUGGUCAGCUCUGGUGUUUGUGUUAUUGAACUCAGAACAGGAGCUGGAUGUGUUUGAUUUGAGUAAAUAUGACCCAUCAGAGGAAUGUCUCCUGAGAUUGAUGCCACUGGUCAAAGGCACCAGAACAGCUAAAUCACGUUAUCUUAUCUGUGAGGGGUGUGGUGAUGGACCUGAACCCCCGGAUGAACCUACGCACAGGGACAUCAGAGAUACUGGUGUUCAUGUUUACCAUCGCCAGACACUGCUAAAAUACAGAAAUCAUUCAACAACCAACCUGCAUGAUGGUCUGCUGGAGAAACUACGUGAUCUCGGCUUGCUGCGGAGACCAGGCCUCCAGUCCUUGGUGUCGCCUGAUGCCGGUGGCCGGGGAAGGGGACAUCGAAAGCGGUGUGCGAGGAAGCGGAAGCAUGGGAAUAGGGCGGGGGUCCAUGCUAAGCUAAAAGCAAACCCUAACCGGCCGGCUCUCCCGUCCAUCCUGCUCUCCAGCAUCUGCUCCCUGGACAAUAAACUGGAUUACCCGACUCCAGCAGGCAACGCGGAGGCAGAGCCCCGCCCCCACCAUGGCUACAUAGACCACAUCUCUGUUAUGCUAAUCCCAGUGUACAGAUCACUCGUCAGACGCUCCAAACCGGUUUUGAAACAGACCAUCACUACACGCUCCAACCAGAAGCCAUGGAUGACUGCGGAGGUGCGAGCACUACUGAGGACCCGAGACUCCGCCUUCAAGGCAGGUGACAAAGCGGCCUUAAGAACAGCUAGGGCCAAACUGUCCCGGGCUUUCAGAGAGGCAAAGUGCGCACACGCCCAGAAAAUCCACAGUCACUUCACGGUUAGCGGCGACACACGGCGCAUGUGGCAGGGUAUUCAAGCAAUCAGCAACUACAGGUCAUCAUCUGCCUGUGACAGUGAUGCCUUCCUUCCAGAUGUGCUGAACAACUUCUCUGCUCAGUUCGAGGCUCAGAAUGAUGUGGCAGCGAGGACGACCACUCCUCCUCCCAACGACCAGGUUCUGGCUGAAGAGGUGCUGGAGGAUCCUACACAGCUGGUUGGUGCAACCCUUCAGUACCCUGGGACUGAUUCGGUCAUACCCUACAGCUUUCCCAAGCUCCUGAGUGGAAAUAUAGCGUCCAUGCAGAAAUCAGUUCUGCGUGUAUGUGAUAUCAUGGAGGAAAGCUGUAGAGCUCUGUCCUCAGUUCUCAGCUCAAACUCCUCCAGUCUGAGAGAACUGGACCUGAGUCUCAAUAACCUGCAGGAUUCAGGAGUGAAGCUGCUCUCUGCUGGACUGGAGGAUCCACACUGUACACUGGAGAUAUUGAGUUCCAGGCUGCGUGAUUGUAAUCUGACAGAGGAAAGCUGUAGAGAUCUGUCCUCAGUUCUCAGUUCAAACUCCUCCAGACUGAGAGAACUGGACCUGAGUCUCAAUAACCUGCAGGAUUCAGGAGUGAAGCUGCUCUCUGCUGGACUGGAGAAUCCACACUGUACACUGGAGAUACUAGGGUUGUGGAACUGCAGGAUUACAGAUGAAGGUUGUGUUGCUCUGGGUUCAGCUCUGAGGUCAAACUCCUCAUCAAACCUGAGAGAGCUGAAUCUGAAGGGUAAUAAAACAGGAGAAUCAGGAGUGAAGCUGCUCAAUGACCUACAGAAGGAUCCACACUGUAAACUGGAGAAACUACUGUGAUUUACUGACUUACUGUCUCUUCACACACACACACACACACACACA